GCCUUCAGAUGCUCAGACCAACAGUCCGCUUUCUAGUUGUCUCCUGCCCCUGUUCAACUCAGUUCGAAUUUCUGUUUGCGGCAGUCUCGCCUCCACUUUUGACCAGGUAAACAUGUGGAAGAAAAGAUGUAUCGUCUACUGAAAAAUGAUGGAGCACAUUGGACCUUAAAGGGUGUUAGUAUAAGAUUGAUUAAAAAUCAGCAAUACAAACGGGCCCACGAUGGAAAAAUCAGAAUCCAAGUGGCCGAAUCGAUAACUAAAUUGGUCCAAACUAUUUCCGGCCUUUUUAAUUUUGGAAACCGAGGGAACAUUUUUAAUCUUCAUCUGGAGAAUUGCUUCAAUGGCAACAUCUGCUGUAAGUUUUGGUGCGUUGGUGACUCUUGAGGAACUAGUUCCCUCCUCCCCACAAUUCACGCAAGGAGCAUCGCUUCGAGUUACUGGAAAGCUACAGGAGUAUGACAUAGAGACUGCAAUUGCGUCAAUUGUCGAAGGCAAUGCUUCCUUAAAGAUUGACACGCAACAUUUGAAGGUCAAUCUUCACAUAGGUUCCUUGUACCAGUUCAUUGGAGAACUGCUUAUUGACCCCAGCAAUCAGGAUGAGAACAUGGUCUUACCAGAAGUCUAUUCCAUGGUCAAUACUGCUAUACCAAGCAUUACUUUAGAGUUGACCAUCAUGUUCAAGAACUGCAAGCAUCACUGAUAAGUUGUGAGCAGAAAAAGGUGUUGAGUUGGCAGUGAGGCUCAAUCGCUGAUCUUUGUUAAUCACAUCUCUUAUUUGUUUGGAAUGAUUGAUUGGCUAAGCAUGCCAAUUGUUUGUUUGAGUUUGAUAUCACUUGCAGCAAUAGACUUAACAAUUGCAGUUGGUUUGAUGUUUGAUAAAUUCUCCUAGGUGGAUUCCUAUAUCUUGCCAUCAGGAGCUUUAAGAUGUCUUCAACUUAAAACACUCCCCAAGUUUGUUUUCAAUAGCUGUAAAAGUUGUGCAAGAUUUGUC